AUGGACCCGCCAACUGGCCCGUCCCUGGGGCCUUAUGACUACGACCUGCUGGUUAUAGGAGGGGUGUCGGGAGGCCUGGCUGUGGCAAAGGUUCCUUCCUCCUGUGUGCUAAAGGUGCUGAUUCUUGACCUCGUGGCUCCCUCUCCCAGAGGCACCAAGAGGGAGCUGGGGGGUUCCAGUCUUAACAUGGACAGCAUCAGGAGGUUUCUACAACAGGCAUCUCUGCUGGGAAAAGCCAUUCAAGACUCUCAGAAAUACGGCUGGAGGUUGAAAGAGGAAGCGUCUCAUGGCUGGAGCGAGCUGGUGGAGGCUGUGCAGGAGCAGGUGAAGACUCGCAGUAUGGAGGUGAAGAGGGAGCUGAAGAGCUGCGGAGUCUUUUACCUCGGUGCUCGUGGAGAGUUAGUGGGGCCCCACACAGUAGAGGCGACAGACGUGAACGGGAAGAAGAGGCGUCUGACAGCAGAGACCAUGGUCAUCGCAACAGGAGACAGGCCUCAGUAUCUGGGCGUACCCGGGGACAGAGAGCACUGCCUAACCAGUGAGGAUCUCCUCUCCCUGCUUCACCCCCCAGGUCGGACCCUGGUGGUUGGCGGGUCUGCAGAGGGACUGGAGUGCGUCAUGCUGCAGCCUGACCUGCUCCCCGGGUUUGAUCAGAAAACAGCACAGAAGAUAGAAAACUACAUGAUCAUUAGUGGAGUGGACUUCCUUUAUCACUGCUCACUCACCAAGGUGGAGCAGACUGAAGCUUGCAGGGAGGAUGUCGUUUCAGGUGAAUCUGCAACGACACCCCAGGAGGUUUCUAGACUUCAAGUGACCACCAUCUCCCAGGAAGGCCAAACUAAGCAGGAAGACUUUGAUACAGUGCUGCUCACCAUGGGAAGGAAAGCCUUCACCAGCGACAUUGGUCUGGAGCGUGUUGGGGUGCAGUGCAGCCAGAGCACUGGCAGGAUCCUGGUGAACAAGAGCGAUCAGACCAGCGUGGAUCAUAUUUACGCCAUCGUAUCAGUGCAACAUGGACGCCCCUCCACAACAGGCCUCUCGGUGCAUGCUGGGACACUGCUGGCCCGUCGCCUCUACGGAGGAGACGGCAUCUUGUGUGACUACACCAAUGUGCCCACUGUUGUGCUGACUCUGCUGGAAUAUGCUGCCUGUGGUCUGUCUGAGGAGAAAGCCAAUCUAACAUUUGGAGAAGAGAGUGUAGAGGUGUAUCACACCUACUACUGGCCACUGGAGUGGGCACUUCCUGCCAGGAAUAAAAACUCCUGCUAUGUGAAAGUCAUCUGCCACAUCCCUGACCAUGACCGCGCGGUCGGCGUCCAUGUCAUGGGCCCCAUUGCUGGAGAUAUCCUCCAAGGCUUCGUUGCAGCGAUGAAAUGUGGUCUUACCAAGCGACAGCUGGACACCACCGUGGGCAUCCACCCCGGGUCAGCCCUGGUGCUCAGCUCAUUGACCCAAACCCAGCGUAUGUCUGAGGCCCUGCUGAUGAGGGGCAACUGCUGA